ACACGUGAAUAACGCUGGAAACGAAACGAAGCGGCUCGAGUCCGCGCGACGACCGUCGCGUCGUAGAAGUGGCCACUUCUGUCAAAAGUCCACUUGAACGUCACAUAUCUACGAACACUGAGCGACAGGCUGACGACGGCCUCCCCUUCUCCUCUGGCGGUGACGUAGGCGGCGCGACGUAAAUCCUCCCUGACUCAAUCAGGAAGUGGUGGUGGCGGGGGGGGGAUUUUUUUUUUUGGUUUUUUUGUUUUGUCGAUUGUUGAAACGCAAAUCUUCAAUGGACAAGUGGACGCGCCGCCUUUAGACGACAUGUAAUGAAGGAGAAGGAAAUCGAUCGACGCCCACGAAAGAGCUCCUUUAAUCACUUUACGUUUGGUCGUCGCUCGUCACCCCGGAACACCUGGAUUUCCACCUUGCGGGUGAGAGGGAUGGAUGUUCCUCACCUCACUGAAGACGAGAUGGCAGAGAUUAAAAAAGACGUGCUGACCCGACUGCGGCACUACCUCUGCGACAAGAUCCGGGCCGAGCGCCACCUCGACUACCUGCGCUCGCGCAGGAUCCUGACGCGGGACGACGCCGAGGAGAUCAGCUGCAGGACCACGCAGACCAAGAGGACGGCCACGCUGCUGGACACCCUGGCCGAAAACCCCCGGGGCCUGGACGCCCUGAUCGACUCCAUCAGGGAGCUGCGCUCGCAAAACUUUAUCAUCACCAAGAUCACGGACGAGGUGCAAAAGGUCAAAAAUGAGAAGAUCGAGUCGCUCAGAGGGGCUGCUUCCAGUUCCCCAUCUGACAGCAACCUCAGCACCCCGAGCUCGACCAGCGACCUCCCCACUACAUUCUCCAACAACUCCACCCUGCUUUUCCACCCCGACGGAGAACGAAGUCACUCCACCUUAGACGUCGCAGGCUCACUCAAUCUGCCGUCGUUGCAGAGAGGUGGAGACUUGUCCUCCGUGGCUGGUGCCAGCAUCCCCGCGGCCUCCUCCACAACCUCCUCCAGCCUCCCGAGGCCCGGAGACCCCGGAGCUCCUCCGCUGCCGGACGAGGAGAUGGUGGAAUCCCCCUCCAGCAUUGAUGUCGCUGCGCCGGGGUGCACCAGCAGCGGAGGCGACCCGAACUUCCAGCCCCUGAGGUCGCGCUCGCUCACCCCAACGUUCCAUAGUCACAUGUUUUAACGUCACACCUCAAUGGGACGGUUCUCAUGCAGUUAGUGGGACAAACUGGCACAGUCCUCAACCACUCGACUCAUCUCAUAUACAAACACUCUCUUGUUGUGUCCUUUUGGCGUUGCUCUUGCCUGUGAUUAGGCAGUUUGUGAGAAAUUGCUGCACAUGGGGGAUGUACUCCAUGUUGGCAUUGUACCAUUUAGCUUUUAUGGACAGAUAUUACAGGUAUUUUGUCUCCGGGGCAGGAGUAAUGUUAGAGGGUUUUAAAUAGUGGAGUCAAUUUGUAUCCGUUCUUUUGGUAUGAGGCCAAAAUUAGACCUUAGUUUUGAGAGUAUCCUUUCCAAAAAUGUAAACGUAAUCAAACGUAUAAGAACAGAUCUGAAAUAAAAUAGAGUUUAAAUUGAAAGAUUAUUUUGUUAUAUAAGCAGAGUUGGAGUGUACAGGCAUUUGGUGCAAGCUUUUAGUACGGGAUACAUUUCCAUAUUCUUAAAGACACAGUUGAGACGCCAUCCAAAAUGUAUUUAGCUUCAGUUCCCUGCUUCGGCAAGGCAACUUUAUUUGUCUUGCACUUUCCAUACACCAAGGCCAAUCAAUAAAAGAAUACAGUAAAUGUAUAACAAUAAUUAAUUAAAGUGUGAAAGACAUAUAGACAAGAUUAAAAAUAGAAGAAAAAAUGUGUGUGUAUAUGAAUAAUAAAAGGACAGUGCAAGGCAAUGAGAACAGUAAAAAAUACAUUCAAAUCCUAAGAAAAUAUCUACAAAUAAAUAUAUCGGUAAAAUAAAAAGUGUGUUUCCCUAGAUUUCUUAAAUAGUGAAAUGCUUCAGUACGUCGUCAGCUAAGACAAUCUUGACGUCUCUUAUCAAAUAUGUGAUUGCUUGGAAUAGUGUGAAGACGCGGCAGCUACAGUUUAUGCGUAGCAGGAAAAAAAAUGUCAUAUACACUGAAUCGACUCCAUGAGCACACAUACGAUGUACAAUGACCCAUUCUGAUUUUUUAAGACGCUGCGUUUUGACCUGAGCGCCGUAGCUUCAAAGGAUGUUUUCCGCUUCUCUUCUUCUCUGUGUGGCAUCACGUCAAGACGAAGUUGCUUUACAUUGUCAUCACUACAGGCGUCACGUAAAAUACUGUGAAAUACAAAAAUCUGUCCUGCUUUUUACGAUGUUCAAUGGUCUUGUACAAUAUACAAUACAUACUGAAUUCAA